AUGUCUUUCGGCCGUCCACCUUCCAUCAACGCUGGCUUCACACCUUCCCCACCCGACCGCGGCGCAUUCCCGCUAGACCACUAUGGCGAGUGCACGCAAUAUAUGAAGACGUACCUCGAAUGCCUGAAGAAGAACGGGAGCACGUCGACGGAGUGUAGACAUCUAAGCAGAGAUUACCUGAACUGUCGGAUGGAGAAUGGACUCAUGGGCAAGGACGAGUGGAAGAACCUUGGGUUGGCGCAGACCAAGGCGGACGGAUCAUCACCACCCAGUAAUACUGGAGGCAAACCAACAUAA